AAAAAAAAAACUUCCUUUUUUUUUUAAAGAAUAAAAAUAAAAAUAAAAAAAAUAUGCCUAAUAAGGUGCCAAAUGAAGAGUUGCCUGUACUUGAACGAUUAUUAAAUAUUCGUGCAAGACUUUCAGCUGUCAAACGUGACCGCUCGAGUUAUCUUAAAAUGGAAGAUAUAAUGCCUUUACGUCUUGAAACAGAAGAUGAAAUGAAAAUCUUGAGUGAUUUAAGAGGAGGUCGACUUUUAGAUGAAUCUCGUGAAUUGAAUAGAACUGACGAUGUUUUAGAUGAAAUUUUACAAAUGUUGAGUUUAUGCUUUUUAUCUUUGGGAAAGAAAAGAGAAAGUCCUGCUGUAUAUUCACAAGUAGUAGCUAUUAAGCAUAUUUUUGAUCGUUUAGAUGAAUUUGGUGUUUAUGAAGAGGAAUAUUUGGAGCCAUAUAAAGCCAAAUUGGAUGAAAUUGAAAAAAUUUUAAGUGUAGAUAGUAAAAAUCAUGCUUUACCUGAGCCGGUUAUGCAAGUAUUACAGUAUAAAUAUAGACAAUGCAGUCUUAUUUAUAAUAAUUUAAUCAACACAAUUCAUGAAGUAGCACCUGAAUUAGUUCCGAUUAGAGAUAAAAUGUUACGUAUUAGACGACAUCUUGCUUCAGUAUGUUGUCGUAGUCAUUAUUUACCUAGCGAUAUAAAACCUUUACAAGAAAAGAUUCGAGAAAUUGAUAAUAUGCGUAUUAAUGGUAAAUUUAUGAGUGAAGAUGGCGUUUCUAUUCCUGCAGGCCAAGCUGUUAUUAUUAACUUACUUGAGCAAUUAUUCUUUUGGUCACACGACCUCAUCAUUGCUUGUAGCGAGGACUUUUCACCUGCUCUCCAAAGUAUUCGUGAACGUUUACUUGAAAUCAAAAAUCAACUAGAAAGAUUAGAAUUGACACAUAAAUGGACCUUACGUCAAACAGACCUGUUUACUUACCAACAUCAGUUACAUGAUAUUGUAAAAAUGAGAUACAGUGAUAAAAAUGAAGAACAGGCAGGUGAUCCUAAGCUACUUGGUAAAUUUUUGGAUGAAAAAGGUGAAGCAGCUGAAGGACAGACACUACUUGAAUUUUUACUUCAUAAAUGUUAUCGAAUGAUUUUCGUACUUUUGAGUGAAAGUGUUCCAGUUUCAGAGGCUUUAUCUCCUGUUUAUAAUCAGUUAACAACUGUUCGUCAAUGUUUAUUAGCUGUUAAACAAACAGGUGCCCCCUGUUCUGCCGAAGAACUCUAUCCUUAUCAAAUGAAAUUAACAAGUAUUGAAAACUUGCGUAAGGAUGGAAAGUUUUAUGACGAUAGAGGCCAUAUUCCAGAAGGUCAAGCUUUGUGUAUUGAUAUACUUGAAGAAUGCUAUAAGCUUUUAGCGUCUUUACGUGAAUAUUCUGAAAGCAAAGAACAAUUGACGUCUGAAGAAACUACAUCCAAUUAAUAUUGUACAAUGCUAUUAUUAUUAUUUAAUAUAACAUGUAAUAACACAAAUUAUAAAUAUUGCUCUUUUUGUUAGUAUAUACACAUAUAGAUAUAUAUAUUGAUGGCUUGAACUUUUGAGUGAAACCCUGAUUUGUGUAUACAGUCAACUAAAGUUUAAGCAGAGAACUUUGAUAGUUU